UGUUCGUUUCGUUUCGUUUUGUGUUAGAUGGUGCGUUGUUGUUACAAAAAACAUUAACGAAUUAAUUUUUGUGAUCGUUGUUAUGUGUAAUACAAAUUAAUAUUGAUUGCUGGUGUCAAGGAUAGUAACCUCCAAUAAAGCUUUUUUAUCUUACCGAGCAAAGGUUUUGUGGGAGCAAUAAUGUCGAACAUAAAUGUUUUGCCUGCUCAACCCAUGGGCAUUCAGAGUACAGCGGGAGCUGUACCUGUUCGAAAUGAAAAAGGUGAAAUAUCUAUGAAAAAAGUCAAGGUUCAGAGAUACAUCUCUGGAAAGAAGCCCGACUACGCACAAGGAGUUUCCUCAUCAGAGGAAUCUGACAGUGAGGACUUUAUAGAGCAACAACGCCCUGAGCGGAGACAGCAAAUCCUACCUCAGAUUAUCAGUCAGAAAGAAGACUUCAGUGAUACUGAGAAGGAGAUUGAUGAUCCACGUUUAAGACGAUUGAAAAAUGCAGCCCGCUCACCAAAUCGUCGUGCGGAACACAAACCAGAGAUCAUUGAUGCUGAGCCAGAACAAGAGUCUGAGGACAGUGCCAACGAGGCUAAGGACAGUUCGGAAAGUGAAGAUGAACUUGAUGAGGAAGAGAUUGAAAGACGUCGGCAAGCCCUCAAAGCAAAACUUGCAGCAAGAGAAGCAGAAAAAGAAGUCCUAGGCAGGGAUGAAGAUGAAGAUAUGCUAGAAGGAGAUAAAGAAGAAAGUGGCUCUUCAGACACUGAAUAUACAGACAGUGAAGAAGAUACAGGACCAAGAGUAAAACCAGUAUUUGUCAGGGCAUCUGAACGAAUGACUGUAGCAGAAAGGGAGCGUAAAAUGAAACAGCAGAAGAAAGAAGAAGUUGAAGCAAGAAAAGAAAAAGAGGAGAGGCGCAGAGAGGCUUUGAAAUUAGUUGAGGAGACAAUCAGAUCAGAACAAAGACAUACUCAGGGUGAACAAAAAGAAGGCAACAUUGAUGACGUAUGCACAGAUGAUGAGAACGACGAAUUGGAAUAUGAGGCGUGGAAGUUGCGUGAGAUGAAAAGGAUAAAGCGAGACAAGGAGGAAAGAGAAGCAGCGGAGAAAGAAUUGUUGGCGAUCGAACGGAUGAGAAACAUGACGGAAGAGGAGCGCCGCGUCGAGCAACGAAUCAACCCGAAGCAGGUCACCAACAAGGCUGUCAAGGGCAAAUACAAGUUCUUGCAGAAAUACUAUCACAGAGGUGCUUUCUACUUGGAUAAGGAGGAAGAGGUGUUCAAACAAGACUUCUCUGGGCCCACCCUGGAUGAUCACUUUGAUAAGACUGUUUUGCCAAAGGUGAUGCAAGUAAAGAAGUUCGGCAGAUCUGGCCGCACAAAGUACACGCAUCUUGUAGACCAAGACACCACCGAGUUCGACUCGGCGUGGUCCAACGAAGGUGCAGCGGCGCGGCUGACCAACUUCAGAGGUGGCAUGAAACAAGUCUUCGACAGACCCACGGCCAAGAGGCAGCACAACGUCUGACGUCGAUAAUGCUUCACUCAUGGCAGCAAAUAGUUUGUCAUCAGCUCAAUAGAUGUCGCUUAUUCUGGGUCGGGCUGUUUUUUGGAAUAUGAGCUGGCAAAACGCGGCUCUUUUUCGCCGAUUUACAAUUUAAUUUAUUACAAAUAUACUAAAAAUCAUAUUAAUACGUUUAAACUAAUUCGGGUUUCAGAGUUGUGUUAAUAUUGAUAAAGUUGUGCCUUGUUUAUUACGAAUGCCCACGAAAGCCGUGGCCGUAAACUAAGGUAAGUUAUUACAAAUUCUUAAUUAAUUAAUUAUAUUAAGUCAGAUAUUUUUUUAAAUAAAAAAGUAGCCCUCGUCAAAUCAGCGCUGAGAUGGUGACAAAAAUGUUGGCUCCUAUCAGAGAUUAUGUAUUAUGAUUAUUGUUCUAUUACAAGUAAAUGCUCUAACUCUAGUCUAUAAUCUAGUAUAUAACCUUAAAAUUAAACUUAGUGAAUAAAUUAAACAUAUCGUGCGUUCGUGAAUGUUGUCAUUAUUUUUUAAUUAGGUACAUACAAACAAGUAAAAAUGAUGGGUAUUCCAGAUAUACAAAGAUGUACCUAUCUCCAAAGUCCAAACCAAGCUAUGAAUUUAAUUAUUUUCUUAACUAUUUUGUUAGCGAUAAUUAUUAUUUUCAAUCGGUCUCCUACCAAUUUCAGAGGAUAAACAAAUUUUUAUAAACCGGUUUUAAAAUUUAUGACGUUAAAAACCUUUAUUGUGCAGUGGAAACAUUUAUUAUUUUCGUUUAGUGUGAACAUUCGUGUAUUCUUCAGUAGAUAGCAAAUAAUUACAUUAUCAGUGCGGGGUAGUUGAUGCCUUUGUAUAGUAGAAAUAGAAUGGAAUAACUAUUGGUUUAGUAGACUGACAAUUUCAUUAUCCGUUGUAAAUUCUAACAUAACAUGCAGACUGUUUGUAUGAUGUUAUUACGUCUUUGUCUCGUUGUAAAUAGCGAUAGUUUAUAAUUACGUUAUUUUUAAGCGAUUUUCAAUAAAUUUAGUUAAAAAUACAAA